CUUUCCCUAUUCUGCCUUCCCAACACAAGCCUUGUCCGCGUUUCCCCCCAAAACCGUCUAUCAGCCUCCCCUUCCCUUUCUCCUCUCGCACUUCAUAUCGAUCUUGGGCACAUCAUCGGAGCGGUUGGGCCCAGAGUACAGGGCGCUUUUGCCUGUCAGAUGAGAAUAUUCAGUCUUCAUCCUUUGUUGGAUCUCUUGUUGUGUGCGUUUCUUUAAAAAAGUCAUUUUAAUCAACGUCAAAUUCUAAGGGCGAUUUAAGUGUCUCCACAAUAUUUUCGCAAGAAAUAUAGUUAUUCCUUUUUUUUUCAUUUGAAAAAAAAAAAAACUUUAAAAAAUAUUAUUUCCGCUACCAAAACCUCAGGACUGAUUAUGAGAUUUCUGCACAAGAUCUGAGAGCGCAAAUAACUUUAUAUUCAUUGGACUACAGCGGUCAUACACUUACAACAUGAGGUUGCGGAUGCUCCCAGCGGCUGUGAUCCUCUUUCUACUUCCGGGGCACAAUUCUGGCAGUAAUGACCUCACUUCCACUCGUCUUAGAGACGAGGUCUGUGCCAAGUUACAGAAUCUGAAAAAUGCUCCAGACUUCUCCCCAGAGAGUGCGUCUCACUUAGCUUCAGUGAUAGUCCUUGACUCCCAAUCUGAGGGUAUCAGCGUCUAUCCACAAGACUGUAGUGAGUCGCAAGCACUUGUUGGGAUUCGCAUUCGCCCUCAUGGAAAACGAUUCGCUGUCUCUUUAAGAUCCUGUGCAAAUGUCAUCAAGAUCCUUUUGCACUUGAAAGGUGAUUUCCGCUUUGCACGAACACUUCAACAUGCAGAGUCAACGUCCUGUGACAAAAAGAGAGACACUGUUGUUGUGGAAAUGCCAAAGCAAAGGCAGAGUGUACGCAUGACACCUUUGGGUCGCAAUGGACAGAAAACAUUCAGUUUGUCUCUGCACUACCAAUAUGUUGACAGUAACAAUUCGACCAGCUGGAGUCUAGGAGACAUGAGACAAAUAGAGUUACAACCGAAACCCAAAGAAGCCGUGGGGAGCGAGGAGGGAAACACGAUGAGGGAAAAGCGAUCAAGUUCGGUUAGCGAAACAGCUGUGAAAGCAAACGCAGCUGGUGAUCCUUGUGGAAAAUCAGGCACAUGUGUGAGGUUCGGGGCCAAGGACUGCAAGCACCUGGAGUGUGACUAUCUUCUGAGUUACACCGUCAUCAAUCACACCAAGCUCACCCUGGAGAUCAGCGGCAAGACAGACGGAUGGGUCGCCCUGGGACUCUCCUCAGACAACAAAAUGGGUGGAGACGAAGUGAUCGUUUGCAAAAGGAAAUCUGUUCUGGAGACCGAUCUAGAGGCGUCUUCCAUGUGGAUUCAGGUUCCCUAUUCCAGGCCUAAGCCUACGUCAGCUAACAGCCUCCAGUUACUUCAGAGCAAGGUCAAGGAUGGACACAUCUACUGCAAGAUGACCACAGAUAUAGGGGUGGUAUUAUUUUACAACAUGACAAGACACCCCCAACAUCUUUGGAAAUGGUCUCCAUGCUCCGCCCAGUGACCAUCUACAGCAGAGCAUACAAGCAGCUGCACAGUUCAGCUGUAAGACUUGGGCUCAGCUGCUUCAGCUUUGUCUCCUUUGUGCUUCCAUUCAUCGUUAUGUACCUUUUCUAAAUGUGUACACGCCUGAUCUGUUAACUCAGUUAGGACUCACACUCUGGUCAUUUGGCGACGCUUAAAGACGUGCUGUUUUGGGGCACUUUUUAACUGUUAGUAUACAGAAGACUGUUUCUCCUUUGUGCACAGAAGAUUUUGUCAUCCAAGGUUACAACGUCACAAACUUUCUAAUAACAUCACUUCUAUUAACCUACUCGCAUAAACACAAAAACUGAGUUGAAAUGAAUUAUCUGAGCAGUAGACAUACAGUUUGAUUGUAGAUAGAUUACCUUGCCGACAUUUGAGAGAUUUUCAUUAUGACUAAACAACUGGGUGAAGCUUUGAGCCAGCUGAACUGGCGCCCCGCGUAUACUAAGAGUUAAAAAAGAAGACUAAUUUCGUCAUUGUUACAGAUUUUUUUCAAUUCUGUUUUCUUUACCUGGAACUUUAAAAGACCGGCAACAAUAUGCGUUCUACAAAAUAUGCAAAUUGGCCGUUCUGAUUUGUGUAGGGUUAUUCAAAAUGUGUCGGAACAUUGCCUUUGGUCUGCUGCUCAUGGGACAAUAAGUGGCUGAAAAUGUGUCUGUCACGUCUUUGAAGAGUUAAAGAGUAGACGUGUUUUUGAUCAGUUCCAGGAAAAGAAAAGGUUCCAUUGGAAAGCUAGUCACUCCCUUAUAGAGAUACUGGUUUUGAAAAAAGUAUGUCUAGAAAGCUAGUGCCAGCAGUGGCGGUGGGUGGACCAAAAUUUGGGUGGGGCUUAGGUUUCUUCCAGUUUUUUACCACCAAAUA